UGUGUCAUCGUCUAUCUGGCUGUGAAGCAGCUCAACCAAUUUGUUCCUGAAGCUGUGAGAGUGCCACCAAAGCUUGUCUUUGGCUCUCUGUGCGACGAUGGCCUCGUACACCGCUUACAGUGGCUACACCAAGCCACCUCAGUCGUACGUGGGAACUUACUACGAUGAGAAACAGGCCCAGGCCUACACCGAUUAUCAAGACUCCAUAUAUGAAGAGAAAAAGAGAAUUGAGCGAAAGGAUCGUCGUGACGCCAUCUGCUGCGAGGUUGUGGCCCUCAUCAUCGGUUUCAUUGGACUCAUCGGGGUGGCAGCUGUGACAGGCCUGCCGAUGUGGAAGGUAACAGCUUUCAUCGAGGAAAAUAUCAUUGUCAUGGAGACUCGCUGGGAGGGUUUGUGGAUGAACUGCUACAGACAAGCCAACAUCAGAAUGCAGUGCAAGGUGUACGAUUCUCUGCUGUUUCUGCCCCCUGACCUUCAGGCUGCUAGGGGUCUGAUGUGCGCCUCUGUGGCCUUGACAACCUUCGCUCUUAUUGUUGCGGCAGUGGGGAUGAAGUGUACAAAAGUGGUGGACCACAGGGCUCGCACGAAGCAUAUUGUUCUUGUUGCUGGAGGCUGUCUGUUCCUCAUGGGCUGUAUCACUUGCAUUAUCCCCGUGUCCUGGACUGGCCAUGUCAUUAUCAGAGAUUUCUACAACCCUCUGCUGAUCGAUGCCCAGCGCAGGGAGCUGGGGGAGGCUCUUUACAUCGGCUGGGUGACUUCAGCUUUGCUUUUCACUGCCGGGGUGAUUCUGCUGUGUCGUCACGCUCCACGUACCCAGGACCCAGAAGAGGCGAUUGUGUACAACCCUGAUGCAAAUAUCUACCAACCAGGAUACACAUACCAGCCGUACAGCUACCAGCCAGCUUACACCUACCAGCCAGCCUACUCUGUACCCCCACCAGGAUCUGUGGCAUACACACCAAGUCAGUUCUAGAGGGAAAAUCAAGCAGAGACUAUUUUUGGACUUUUCUUUUAGUUUAAUAGAACAUGUUUUGGCACAUCUGAUAUAGAAGAAAUCAGUCAGCUACCAUUGCCAGAGACUGACCGUGGAAGAGGCCCGAUCUUUCAACUUUUCAAAGAGGGCUGAGUGUGUUUUAUUGGAACUGACUGUGUUCUGACCGUGUUAAACGGUGAUUAAUUACUGUAUAGUUUUGUUUGUUUUCAUAUGCUUUACACUGAAUUAAAUCACACGUUCAGGUAGCCUAUUUAAACUGUAAUAAAACAACAGUUCAAAGAUGAUUUCACAGUCUUUUCAGCCUUUGCUGACAUGCUCUUCGAGAACAAUUAUGCACUAGGCCCUUUUCAAAUCAGAAACCUCAUGAUGAGUUGAGUUCUUUGUCGAGUGUUUGUUGUAAAUAUGUUUUCAUAAUGCCGGCCUAAAUUUGAGGUCAUUUGUGGUUUCAAAU